UCCCUUCUAGUAGAUUUCGCACGUUCGUCUCUCUCUCUCCUCUCUCUAUUUCCAGAUCGAAACAUAGCUCUCCCUCCUCACAAAUGCCUUUGUCACGCUCCCUUCUUUCGCGGAGAUUCUCAAUAUCAUCCAGGGAUCAUCAUCAGCAACAUACACCGACAGAACCCGAAUCACCACCGAUGCUUCCUCCUUCGUCAGACAUCACCGGGUCAUCAUGGUCCGCGAUGCUCCCCGAGUUGCUAACCGAAAUCAUACGCCGCGUGGAGGACACCGAGGACAAUUGGCCUCAGCGUCGAGACGUGGUCACUUGCGCCUGCGUGUCGAAGAAGUGGAGAGAGAUCACGCGGGAGAUGGUUGGAUCUCCGAGAAACUCCGGCAAAAUCACUUUCCCUUCUUGCCUCAAACUGCCAGGUCCACGAGACUUUUCUAAUCAGUGCCUAAUAAAGAGGAACAAGAGGACUUCAACCUUUUACUUGUACCUCGCUCUCACACCUUCUUUCACUGAUAAAGGAAAGUUUCUUCUGGCGGCAAGGAGGUUCAGGACCGGCGCUUACACUGAGUACAUCAUCUCACUUGAUGCUGAUGAUUUCUCUCAAGCAAGCAACGCCUACGUUGGUAAACUAAGAUCGGAUUUUCUUGGGACCAACUUCACAGUCUACGAUAGCCAACCGCCACAUAACGGAGCAAAGCCUUCACACGGCAAAGCCAGCCGCAGAUUUGCAUCAAAGCAGAUAAGCCCACAAGUUCCAGCAGGCAACUUCGAAGUCGGUCAUGUUUCUUAUAAAUUCAACCUCUUGAAAUCAAGAGGUCCGAGAAGAAUGAUAAGCACACUCCGUUGUCCAUCCUCAUCAUCAGCUGGACUUUGUUCGGAUCAAAAGCCAUGUGAUGAUGCAACCAAGAUGAUGAAAAAACCCAUCAAGGACGGUCCAGGCUUGACGAUACUAAAGAACAAAGCUCCGAGGUGGCACGAGCACUUACAAUGCUGGUGUCUCAACUUCCAUGGAAGAGUGACCGUUGCUUCUGUGAAGAACUUCCAGCUGGUUGCGACAGUUGACCAGAGUCAACCAAGCGGUAAAGGCGAUGAAGAGACGGUGCUUCUUCAGUUUGGUAAAGUUGGAGAUGAUACUUUCACAAUGGAUUAUAGACAGCCUCUCUCUGCUUUUCAGGCUUUUGCUAUCUGUCUCGCAAGUUUUGGCACUAAACUUGCCUGCGAGUGAAAACCAGAAAAAAAAAGUAAAACAAAAAGGUUUUUAUUUUCUAUUAAGUAAAAUGUUUUGAGAUAAUCAUAUGGAAGUGUAAAGGCAUGUGUUGUAAUUUGUAUCUGUUGAACGUACCCAAUAAAAUAAGCACAUAAUUAUUCUGAGUAAGAAAACAAAAUUGUAAUUUAAAUUACUUAAAAUCAAUUUUUAUGUAGCCAA